AUGGGUCCGUGGCAGCGGACGCUCAAGCAGACGCUACAAUUUACGGGUGUGGGGUUGCAUUCCGGUGAAAAAGUGGUGAUCCGUGUACAUCCAGCUCCUGUAAACUCGGGUAUUGUUUUUCAUAUAGGUGACCGAAGUCGUGCAAUUCCAGCUUUGAUCGAGAACGUCAGUAGCAACAGUCAAUUGUGCACACAACUUAUUGGUGCCAAUGGCUCGAUCGUAUCGACUAGUGAGCACUUAAUGGCAGCGCUAGUGGCGUCUCGAAUCACGAAUGCUUUUAUUGAGCAUGAAAAUGUCAAGAGCCAGAAGUUUUGUGUUGAAGUACCGAUCUUGGACGGGAGUAGUAUCGAGUACGUGGAGGAAAUUCGACGUGUGGGUAUUGAAGAACAGGAAGGCGCACGUCUUACUUAUCUCUGCAUUAUGCGACCAGUACAAGUCAUUAAGCAGGACAAAGCAGCGUGGUUUCUUCCUUUGCCAAAAGAUCUCCGUAGCUCGUCUUUGUCCUUGCAAAUUCCGACGCUCCAUAUGUCGGUGCAAGUAAAUUUUGAACACGAACAGCUGGGCACGACGUUCUGUCGUUUUGCAUUGGGAUCGGACCCGGAUUUGACGAUGAAUGCUUUUUAUCAAGAGAUUGCAUCGGCUAGGACUUUUACGUUUGAAAAGGAGAUUGAGUGGAUGCAAACCCAUGGAUUGGCACGUGGUGGGUCGCUUGAUAAUGCCGUCGUGUUUUCUAAAAAUGAACAGGCUACUACAGCAACUGUUCGGAAUGCAGAAGGACUGCGGUUUCGUGACGAAUGGACACGUCACAAGAUGCUGGACUGCAUUGGCGAUAUAGGCCUUGCAGGUUACCCCCUACAUGGCUACUUCUUUGCUACAAGUCCGGGCCAUGCACUGAUCCAUGAGUUGCUCCACGAGUUGUUUAAAGACCCUCAAAAUUACGCGAAAAUUUCGUAA